UUUUCGAGUAUUCAUUGAUCUGUUACAUCGACAACAUGGAAAAUGGAGAAGUUGAUACAUUGGACCCGAAUAUUGUGAGAUAUAUUGAAGCACUUCAGGAAGAUGCAAACGUUGGAGUUCGUGGUGGUGCAUUGAGAAUUUCAAAUUUAAAAUCGGGGUCUCACAUUAGUAUUCGAAGACCUACUACAUGCUGUGAUAGAUUUAAAGUUUCCAUUCCUUUCGCCGGAAAUGAUGUGAAAUGGCAAGUGAUCUUCAACAGUUGUUAUCCAUCUCUGCCACCGGACUUUAUAUUUGACAAGGAAGAUAAAGGUUUUUGUCCUGGCAUUAAUGAAGUUAAGAGUCUAGUGAACUGGGACCACACCAAUAACAAAUCUUUACUGUUCGUUAUGAGAGAACUAGUACAGCACUAUAAAGAAUACCAGGAAGCACUGUUACAACAGCAUCCCAGGCUGCAUUAUGAAUAUACAACCCUGCAGGAAGCCAUUGACCCACAGGAUAUAGAAGUGUUUGCAGGCAAGAAGAAAAUCUCAAGUAGAGAAACUCAAGUUAAUUUUCUAAUCAGAUUGCCUGUUGAUUUGUCAUUGAUUCCGCCAUUUUUAAUACAGGAUGAUCCAGGUGAAGACAUAGCAAUACUUCUUAUGACUUUCCAGAAUGCUGGUACUUCAAAAGUUUUACCUCAGUUAUAUUUAUCACCAAGAGUGGAACAUGCCAUAGGUGGUGCAUCACAGCUAAGGAUACCUGUAUUUCCAUGUGGUGGUAGUUUAAUAGAAUAUGUACCUAUUGUUAGAAAUUUAUUAGCUAACAAAGUUGAACAUGUAGUGCAAGCAUUUCAGAAACGAAGGUCAGUGCUUGAAUACGACUCUUCAGCCUUCCUUAAGAUAUCAAUUUUACAAGAAUGGAAUGAUUUUUAUUUUGUCUUACAUGUUGACUUACCUCAAAGUUUUCCUCAAAAACAACCCGUUAUGACAUUCACAUCAGUCUAUCAUUUAUCAGCCUAUGGAAAACCUUACCAUUGCAUACAGAAAAGUUAUCCAUACAGUCCAAGAUGGACGGGCAACGAAAUGGCCGAAAGAGCAAGGGCAUUUAUGUUAUCCUUCCUGCCAGAAUUCAGACGAACCUCAGUCGGAAGUGGGAAACUGAGUUGAUCGGGUCAAUAAAAGAAUUUUUAUUGUGUAGUCUCAAUUAUAAAAGCUGUGGCUGGCUUGCAGGCUAUCCUGGAAUACUGCUGUUUAUACCUCGCUACAAGUAGUACCAUAUUGUACAGUUGGAACUUGUGUAUGUAAAAUUGUCAAGAAGUACCAGAGUUGAAAAUAUUUGUGUGACACUAAAUACCAGUUUUUACCCAUAUGAAAACUACAAUUAUACAAUCAGUGAUUGUCUUACACAUGUUCGUACAUUUACAAUAAACUAUUAUAUUGAACCCCCCCCCCCUUGAAACUACAUGUAUUUGGUGGAUUGUUUUGUGGCAUUAUUUUAUGUUGUAUAUAGUCCAGUAUAACCUUAAUACAUUUUCUUAACUUGGACGAUCAAGUAUUCAAUUUCAUAAUCAUAAUACCCAGUUGUACCCGGAUACGAUUGUCUAACUACUGUACUUAAAUGAAAAAGAGUCAUGGAUACUUGC